UUGUACGCCCAUCUCUAAAACAUAUGUCAACCUGCUUUGCUUUUUGUCAAAAAAAAAACACAAUAAACAUUAAUUAUUUUAUGCAAAAUUCUUGAUCCCGUUUUAGUAUGCUUAUUAAUCGCGCGCUAUGUCAAAGCUGGCUAACUCAGGUGACUUACAGAUAUCAUGCAACAAAUAUUGGAUCGCGUCUUCAGGCAUGCCGGCACAAUCAAACACAGUCCAUACAGAGAUGUUGGCAGCCACCAGUGCGUCACUUUCAUGCCACCAGAGCAAGGAGCAGCAACAUCAAACCAAAUCUCGGUGAACCGGCGACUGAAAGUACUACAGUGCCAGCAAAUAAUGUUAUCAAAGCGAUUGCAUUUACGGGAGCAUUCAGUAUCGGCUGUUUUGCUGGAGCUACCAUCAUGGAGUAUGAAAACACACGCAGCAUGAUUAUAUCCAAGGCAAAGCAGGCACGUUUCGGUUGGUUACAAAAUCGCGCCAUUGUUGAUCGGGACAGCUGGGCACAGUUGAAGCAGGAUGUGCGACGCUACUGGGAUGCACUUUCACCCGGUGACAAGACCUUUGCACCCAUACUAGUGUGCAACCUGUUGGCAUUUGCCUUAUGGCGUGUACCUGCUAUGCGAACUACCAUGUUAACCUACUUCACCUCAAAUCCGGCAGCGCGCAUCGUUUGCUGGCCCAUGUUCCUGUCCACAUUCAGUCACUACUCAGUCAUGCACAUCUUUGCCAAUAUGUAUGUGCUGCACAGCUUUUCCAACGCCGCCGUUCUGUCCAUGGGCAAGGAACAAUUCAUGGCCGUUUAUUUGAGUGCUGGCGUCUUCUCCAGUCUAAUGAGCGUGCUCUACAAAGCGGGCACCAGACAACCGGGCAUGUCACUGGGUGCGUCGGGUGCCAUUAUGACUGUCUUGGCAUAUGUCUGUGCUCAGUAUCCGGAAACGCAGCUGAGUAUAUUGUUCCUGCCUACAAUUACUUUCUCUGCCGGCGCUGCUAUUAAAGUUAUCAUGGGCAUUGACUUUGCCGGCUGUGUGAUGGGCUGGAAGUUCUUUGAUCAUGCGGCGCAUUUAGGCGGAGCCAUGUUUGGCAUUUUCUGGGCUCACUAUGGUGCGCAAUUAUGGGCGAAACGCAUCAGUUUGUUGAAUUAUUACCAUGAGCUCCGCAGAACGAAACAGAAGUAAUGCAAUUUGAGUAACAAUAAUUGUGAAAUGCUAUAUUUUCGAACUUCAAACAUUUGCAUUAGAGAUAUUCUACAAAGCUGGUUGGGCCUCUUAGAGGCUCGUGUUAUUCAUGGAUUUUGGUUCAAUAAAGCGCCACAACAAUAAAUUAUUAAAUAUU